CACUCCUACACACACUUCACAGCAAGAAGACUGGUAAUAUUAGCUGGUGAGGAGUGACUAGUGUGAGGUUGUUGCCACGGUGCAUUGCGUUGAGGUGAUUUGUGCACCAGUACGGCAAGUGAGUGAUGCGGACGGGGGGCUACACGGUGCACCAGUCGCUCACCGCCGAGGCGGGCGCGGUGCUCAAGCAGUCGCUGCGGCUGGCGCGCCACCGCGGCCACGCGCAGGUCACGCCGCUGCACGUCGCCUUCACGCUGCUCAGCUCCUUCGAGCCUUCAUCCCCGCUCUUCACCUUCUUCGCCGCGUCCCGGGCCGCCCCCUUCACGCCGUCCUCCUCCUGCUCGUACGGCCUCCUGAGGCGCGCCUGCGCCAAUGCCCACCCUGGCGCCGGAGGCGGCUGCUCGCUUGCGGCCGUGUCGCACCCGGUGCAGUGCCGGGCGCUGGAGCUCUGCUUCAAUGUCGCGCUCAACCGGCUCCCCACGAUUAAUGCUGUGGGCUCACCGCUCUCGUCGUCGUCUUCGGCUAGCUCAGGUGUCUCUUCGACGUCCUUCGCGGCGUCGCUCGUCCAGCCCAACCCGACGCUGUCCAAUGCGCUCGUUGCCGCGCUCAAGCGCGCGCAGGCGAACCAGCGGCGCGGCUGCGUCGAGGUGCAGAGUCAGCCGCCGCUGCAGCAGCAGCAGCAGCAGAGCGUGCAGCAACAACCUCUUCUCACGGUCAAGGUGGAGCUGGAUCAGCUCAUCGUCUCCAUCCUCGAUGACCCCAGCGUAAGCCGGGUGAUGCGGGAGGCCGGCUUCUCCAGCGCCGCCGUCAAGACCAAACUUGAGGAGGAGAGCGCAUUGCUGCUCGGCCUCGGCCACCACCACGGUUCCCUCACCCCUACAUCAUCGUCCUCCACUACUCCAGCCGCGGCGGUUCCGUCUCAGUUCUUCCCGGAGCCUUACAGUGCCUUCCCUGAGCACUCCGGUGGCUGCGGCGCGUCGUGGCCGGCGGCGCAGUUCUUGAACCAGCCUGAAGCCGAGUCGCCAUGCAAGGAGGAUGACGUGACGGCGAUCUUGGAGGUCAUGAUGCGGAAGCAGGGGAAACGAACCAACCCCGUCGCCGUCGGCGACUCCGUGUCCGUCGCCGAAGCGUCGGUCGCCGAGCUGAUGACGCGGCUGGAGAGAGGCGACGUCCCGGAAGAGCUGCGCGGCACGCACGUCCUCCGGCUCCACCUCUCCCACGUCCACGUCCGGCUCAUGACCCGCGCCGACGUGGACGCGUGGGUGGCCGACCUACGCCGCAGCGUCACCGCCGGAACCAGUGCCAAGGCCGGCCUGGUCAUCUACGUCGGCGACAUGCGCUGGGCCGUGGACGACGACGCCCGCGUCCAGGCAGCAGGGUUCUUCAGCCCCGCUGAGCACUUGGCCACCGAACUCGCGCGCAUGCUGGGCGAGCAACGCGCCGCAGCGCGCGGGCGAGCCUGGCUCGUGGCGGCCGCGAGCUACGGGACCUACAUGCGGUGCCAGCAGCGGCGGGCGCUGGAGGCGACGUGGGUGCUACAGCCGGUGGCCGUCCCCGCCGGCGCCGGCGCAGGAUUCGGCCUCGGUCUGGCACUCGGUCCUCGCGCCGCAAGGUGACAAAGCGUUAAACUUGGUGGCAGUGCUGCUGCUCCCGUAGACCGUAGUACUGUCCUCCUUUCGUAUGCUUUGUUUUGUUUCACUUUGCUGUUACUGAUGUGUUGCUGUCCUGCCCUGCUCUGCUCUGCUUUUGGUUUGGUUUGCUCUGUUUGGAAGCUGCCUGCAUGCUGUGCUAGGUAUUUGAAACUAGAAAUCCCAGAUAAUUGGUCUUUCAUUAGAGAGGAAACUUUGAUAUGGAUACCCACCCUGCUUGAUUUGAGUGCUGAAAUAACACUCUUUGAUCUAGAACCAACAGAAACCAGAAAGACAAAAGGCAAAUGUUUAUAUUUGGGGGAAAAUGAUAAUUUUAUUUGCUCAGGGUCAGCUUCUUUGUUGAUUCUCCUUUCUGCAAUACAAACUGAUUAGGAUAUAUUCAUUUCUGACACUUUUUCUGCAUGUCCAUAUGUUACCUCUUUUCCUUGGAUAAUAGGACAACAAACAUAUAUGAUAGUUAUAGCAGAAAUCUGUGCCCUACUAGCAGACUUGUUACUUGUUAUCCUUGUGAAACAAUUAUAUCCAGCAUUGAAGCUUAUUUGCAUUUAUUGUUCUUGUGUUGCAUGUAUAGCAGCGCGGAAGACCGCAAGAUCAUCAAACUUGCUCAGAGUCCGCUGCUGGAUUUGGCAACCAAAGAAGAGGACGUUGUGCCGGCAUUGUGUGCUGAAUGCGCCAGGAACUACGAUAACGAAGCAUCAGCAGUGAGAGCAAAGGCAGAAGGCACCAAUCUUGCCCUGACCUAUUUCCCAGGUUGGACGCAGGCGGAUGAACCCCAAACAUCACACAAGGAUGAUCUAAUGGAGUUGAAGAUGGAAUGGAGCAGAAUGUGCCAGAGGGUUCACUUGCAAUGCAACAAGCCGACCACAAGCAAGAUCAAGCACCAGGAUGUGAAGACCACGCUCAGCCUCCUCUUAUUCCCAGACUCCGCGGGGAGACCCGACGAGGUCGACCGCCACUGGAGCGAGGACCUGGACGACAAGCCAGCGGCGCAAGAGCCAGGUACGAUGGUUAGAUCCAAUGACAUGAAGAGCGUUCCGCGGCCGUGGCUCGGUGAGCUGCCGUUCGGUGAUCUCAAGAGAAAGACCGAGAGGGCCCAGCUUCCGACCGAAUCCAAGCGCUGGAGGGGCAGUGACGGCCUUGAUCUGAACCUAUGUGCUGACGACGAGGACGGUGGUGGUAGCACCAAAGAGGAGCCUGUUCCGAGCGACUUGACAAACGAUGGUGAAGGCAGCGGCGAUGUGACUGACAGCCUCGACAGCCAUUGUUAGGCUGCGACUUCGAUCACAGAGAGAUGGCACCAUGGCGGUAUGGUAGGGCCAGAGGGAGAUGGAGCUUCCGGAGGAGAAGGCUGUCUCUGGUCGUUGCUGCUUGCAGCAUUCAAAGUUCAAAAUUGGCGGGAAGGUGGGGAGGGGAGGCAUGAUGGUGGUGGUAGCGGUCUGAACUCAUGGGUUCAGUCCUACCCAAUAGGAUCCAUGUGGGCUGAGCUCAUUGGCAUCCGAUUUUUGUUCGGGCUGUAGUAAUGAUUUCUAUGUAAAAUUACUGUUGACUCAUUAGCAUUGUAUCAUAGCAGGCGGUAGUACUUUUCUUAGCAGUGAACACUGAAUUUGUAUUCUUAGCAGUUGGCACUGUAUUAAUCGUAGUAUUUACUCUAGGAAGUACUAUUUGGCUCCAAAUGUAAUAGCCUCUUUGAACGCAUGAUUUGAAA